GGCCGCUCGGUGAUGUGAUUACAACGCGACGACGCGUGGUUCUCCAUCAUAGCUGCGACGCGGUUGGCCGGGGUAUCCGCAGCCGGGUGGCACCAUGCUCAAGGUAAUUCGGCUGGGGGCCACCCCAGUAAGCCUGAGCUUGCUUUCUAUCCAGGUUUACGCUUCCUCUUCAGAGAAGGAAACAUCCAAAAAAGAGUUGUUGAAAGUUGAUGAACUGUCACUCUACUCCUCUCCAGCUCGUGAGACUAAAUAUGUGGAGAAUCCACAAACCCAAUUGGAGGAGGGGGUUGCACAGUUACGGCAUGCUAUGGAGCCAUACACAGCCUGGUGUCAGGAUCUUUAUGCCAAAGCUAUGCCCAAAUUAGAAAAAGCUGUUGAGCAUGGUAGAGAGGGCUGUGAAUUUCUGCAAAACCCCCCUGCUGGAUUUUAUCCAAGGCUCGGUGUGAUAGGUUUUGCUGGAAUUCUUGGAUUGUUUCUUGCCAGAGGAUCAAAAAUAAAGAAGCUGGUGUAUCCUGCAGGUUUCAUGAGUAUUGGUGCUUCCAUGUAUUAUCCUGAACAAGCAGUUGCUAUUGCAAAGGUUGCUGGUGCCCAGCUGUAUGACUGGAGUCUCCAGGGAUAUAUUGCUGUAGAAUCUCUUUGGAAGGAUAAUCCUAAAAAGAGGAGAUAUGGGAAAAAAGGUGAUAAGGGUGAAGUGGAGGGUGACAAGCCCCUGGAAGUCCAUGCUGCUUCAGAUGAAGAGCGAGCCCUGAAGUAGAACACCAGAUCACUUGACAUCAAACAGGCGAAUAAAAAUAUAGAUAGAAGCAACGAUUUCCUAGGAAAAAGAGGAUAACCAUCGGAAUCCAUUUUCAUUUUGAGUAUGACUAAUCUGCCUUCUGCCUCAGGAAAGACUGCCAAUGUGCUGCUCGGGCUUCUGGAAUGGCGUUUGGGAAAGGACACUGCUGCAUAUUUUGGGUCAAUCUUGAGACCUUGUCCUCUGCUCUCCAGUGGGAGUUAAGUCUGCCACGCUUGUCCCAUUGCAGGAUCAGCAUUGCAAGUGGCAAGUCGCAAAAAUCCUCAGUCUUGUUAUUAUUUAUGUAUAAAAUAAAAUUCCUAUUACAUAAAAUGGUUAUGAUUUC